AUGUCGGUGACCACAACAGCGGGACUGAUGUACCCUUACCCCGCCUCCAUGUACGCACCGUGGCCCGCCGUACCCGUGUUCUCGUCCUGCUACGUCCCCGCGGUCCCAAGCCACUGCUCGCCGAACCGUUUGGCGGCCUCUGCACUCCUGACCCUGGGAGAGACCCCCACCGUCCACACCACCCCCAAGCCGGUCCGUCGCUCCAGCGGGUUCAGCUUCGCCUCUCUCCCCAGCGACAUCGCCCGAGAGACGGAGGCUAAGGAGGCGCAGAUCAGGAGGCUUUCCGUCAGCCCCAUCCCCGUCAGCUCACCGUACCCCGUCUCGCCGUCCUACGGGAGCGCCAGCCCACCCCUCCCGUACAGCGUCGAGCUCCUGUCCGGUGUCCAGUUCCCCGUCGACAACACGAGGACGUGGACCUCCAGUCCAAUUCCCGACUCCGAUCGGUCGCGGUCUCCAGUCGAGAGCACGCCGGAGGAAGCCCAAGUCAAGUUCCCGUGCGGACAGUGUGGGAAGGUGUACUCCCGUCGCAGCACUCUCAACGCACAUCUCCGCACACACGACGGACAGAAACCGUUCGAGUGCAAGGACUGCGGUAAGACCUUCACCCAGGCGGCUAACCUGACGGCUCACCAGCGCAUCCACACCGGGGACCGCCCCUACAAGUGCCCGAUCUGCAAUCGCGGGUUCUCCCAGAGCUCCUCGGUCACCACGCACCUCCGGACCCACAGCGGGGAGAAGCCGUACCGCUGUACGAUGUGCCCGCGAGCCUUCGCCGACGCCUCGACCCUGACCAAGCACAUCCGGACCCACACCAACGAGAAGCCUUACCAGUGUAGCAGCUGCGGACUCAGCUUCACCCAGUCGGGAAACCUGAAACGGCACAUGAAGGUGCACGACAAGAGGAAGGUCACUUCCUAGACAAACUUCCGAUGAGCUCAGAGACAUUUGAUAAAGAACUUUUGACUAUAUGUAUAUAUUACACCGUGUUUAUAGACAUGGUCGAUAUAAAAAAGUUUAUUUUUCAUAUGCAUAUCAGCUUUAUCUACCUCAUUUUCUGUGUGAUGAAGAGUGGCACUUUAGUCACGUACAGUUUGCGUUUCAUCUUGUAAGAGGAAAAACAGUUUGCGAUUCAUAUUGCAAGAGGAAAAACACACUUUGAGUAAAUUUGCGGAAUAUUUUUUUUUGUUCUAUUCUUGCGUGCCGGUCUCGCCUAUGAUGUUGUACACUGUUGCACAGUUGAACAAAAGAAAAAGCUUAUUCUUUUGAUCCCGAUUUACAUCUGUAUAUAAUCUGUGAAAGAAGUCUAGCGUCUUUAAAACGACCAACAAUCACAUAUUCUUGUGAAUUGUCUGGGAUAUUACGAUGUGUGUUUGUUUGACAUUGAUUGUUGAAUAAACUGUUGUCUGACAAUGA